GGCAACCUGGCGAGUGCUCAUCCGUGCUGUGGCUCACGCUUUAGUAGUGGAGGCCGAGACUGUUCUGGCGACGACGACCUGUACGGCGACGGCUGAGGCUCGCAGAAGAGCGUCGGAAUAGGGUCUGAAGGAGAGGCUUCAAGUCAGCCCAGACAGCUGGAAGGUGAACACCGGAGAGGCAGACUGCACUGUACAAGGAGCUUUACAAGACUGAGCUCCAUGAGGCAGGAUCCACAUCUUCAUUCUUCUGUCCUUGGCACUCAGUACGCUGCCUGUUAUAUAUUAAUAGAUGUACAAAUGUAUGACUUGAGGAAUUCCUAACUCUUCCUGAAAGCAUGGGAAAAUAUGAAGGCUUCCUAGAGAAGGUAGUGUGUAAGCUGGUUCCUAAAGGGAUCUAUCAUAAUGAAUGGAUCCAGUGUAGUAAACACAUCACCCAGCAUAAAAUCCAAGGAGGAUCAGGGGUUAAAUGGGCACGAUGAGAAGGAAAACCCAUUUGCAGAGUACAUGUGGAUGGAGAAUGAAGAGGAUUUUAACAGACAGGUGGAGGAAGAGCUGCAGGAGCAGGAUUUUUUGGACCGGUGCUUCCAGGAGAUGCUGGAUGAAGAAGACCAAGACUGGUUUAUUCCAUCACGAGACCUGCCUCAGGUCAUGGGACAGUUGCAACAACAGUUAAAUGGACUGUCUCUCAGCGAUGGUCAUGAUUCUGAAGACAUUUUGAGCAAAAGUAACCUGAACCCAGAUGCCAAGGAAUUUAUUCCAGGAGUGAAGUACUGAGCUGACAGAAAAGCUUUGAGGAGGACUUGUAUGUCGCCACAUCUGGGGACAGCGCUGCAUACAAAGGCAGCGCUAAAGGGGGGGGGGGCUAGGGCUGCACAGCGGGGAAGGGGAAUAGUGGUUUAAUGACACUGUGACUGGAGUAGCUAAUGUGCUCAGUCUUAAUCUGCAAGCCUGAGUGUUUCUCUUUUGUUCUACUGACUUCCAUUUUGAGCAGUUUCCUAUUAUUAUUAUUAUUAUUAUUAUUAUUAUUAUGUUUUUGGCUUGAGUUAAGGAAAUUGCAAUAUUCUUUUUUCUCACUUCAUCAGGAAUGUUCUGCUAUGUGUAUUUAAACAAAAAUAAGCUGACCAAGAAAAUCUGGGUGUUUACAAAUGCCCUCUUACCCUGCUGUAUGCUUACGAAGGCAGUACACACCUAGAAAACUACUAUCAGUCCAUUAAGCUGGAUGAGAAGAAGGAUGAACGGAAGAAGCAGGUGUUGUAAAAGAGUAUGCAACUCAGCUCUCCCAACCUGAGGGCUUCCUGCAGUGAACUGGGAUUACCCAUGUCUUCCUGCUGAACCCAUGUCUUCCUGCCUUGAACCCUGUUCAAGAAAACACAGACUUAAAGUACUGGUUUACAGUAACUCUUUUAAUGAUUGAUUAAAUUUGUGAUCAGAAGGGGGAGUUGUGAUGGGUAUUGUCACUUGAAUUUUACAGUUACUGUUGGCCUACUCCUAAGCCUCUGUUUACAGCUACCGUCAGACUCAGCAUUUCAAGGUACAGGAGCACUAGGGUAGAUUUGCCUCUUUGUGUCUCAUGGUAUCUCCUCCUCUAUCCCUUUCCACCCCCACCUUUCUCUGAUUUUAAGAAAAGAUAUUGUUACCAAAGGUGAGACAGAGGCAUGCUAUGCUGGACAUAAGCUUCAGGCUGGAGAAGUCAUCCUUGAAUCCUGUUAGUUGUGUCUUAAGUUUAUUUUGAGAUUUUUUUUUCACCCCUAUGAAGAUUUGAUCUUUUGGUGUCUUUCCUUAGAAAGGUUUAUGCACUUUUACAAGUAACUUUAUUUUUUGGAACACUAACAAGAAGCUCAGUUCAUAGUUUCAAUGCUUUUCCCACUUCAUAGAAUUAUGCAAAAGAACUAAAAAAAAAAAAAAAAAAGCCCAAUAGAGUGAAUUCUACUUGACCUAAGUGACUGUGUGACCCACCAGGAGAGUUUCAGCGAUUACCAAAUCUUUCUGUUCCUAUGUGCCCAGCUUUGCAAGUUUUCUCAAUUGGGUUCUCUGGGUUCAUUCCUUUUGUCUUUCCUGCCUGUAAGUCACAGGGGUUUUUUUUUUGUUGAAACUCAUAAGGAACUAAACUGAGCACAGGUACUGCCUUUGUGUGAUAGAGAUGUGAUGGGAGAGUCAGGUCUAAAGGAAAGUGUGUCAGGUCCUCACUGUCCUCCCAGGAUGAGGACUUGCGGAGGCCUGAGCACAGUGGCUUCUGUGUGACCGCUGCUGUGGGUGUGAGAGGCACAUCAGGAAGAGAUCAUGGAACUUGAAAUAAAGUCUGUGUGAAUUCAGUAUGUGGAGGUGGGACUGAGAUUGGAAGGAAAGGCCUAGCGUCUGGAAAGCUUAAGAAUUUCUCUUUUUUUCUUAUGAGUUCUUGGUUGACUUUUGGAACAGCCAUAGCCUAAGGUCAAAUUUAAAAUAUGAACCCACAUCUUUUUCUCAUCCAAGUCUAUUGGAUGGCAUUAUUUGAAAACUGGCCUUUCCUUGCUAGGUCACAUGUCACAGGAGAGUAACUUAAGGAGCUUGUAUUGCCAGAUGUGCAUGUUAAUUCUCAAAGCCUCUACCUCCAGAAAACGGAACUCUAGCUUGUUUUCAGGGAGAUCUAUGAAUAAAGAAAUCUCUUUAUCCCAGCUUCAGUUUUCAGCCGGGAUUGUUGCCUGAAACAAGGACAGGGCCUUGGAAAUACAGAUAUAGAAGUCUUUCUCUGUUCUGGGGCUUUCUUUCUGUAGUCUCCAUUAGUUUGUCCAAGCUCAGAAUUAUAAAGACUGUUGGAAAUAUGCUGUGAUUGCAGAAAGAGCCAUUUUUUUAGACCCUGGAGAUCUCCAUCACAAAGAGUACAAUGGAUUCUUGUGUGGCUCCCAUCUGGAAGGUGCUACUGGAAUCCAGAUCUAGUCAUUUCUUCAUCUGAAGAAGCCUUGCUCUUCUGACACCAGCACAGGCUAAUGUGCUGGGUGCUAUCCCUCUGGUAUGGGGUUCCAUUUUGGGAGUCAGUUUUCAGCAUGGUUUCACAAGGCAUAGUUUGUCAGGACUAAGAAAUCUUCUAGCCCAGUGAGCAGUGAACCUGGGGGCUGGACUUUCCAGGCCUGUUCAGACACAUAGUAUGCUAAGUCCAGGAUCAGAAAGCAGCUAGCAAUGUGACCCCUUUUUAAUGUUUCAGCUGAUGCUUCCAGUGGUUCCUCUUAAUAGCCCAGCUCUUUUCUCCAUCUCUUUGGUUGUGAGGUGGGAGCAUAGCUUUCGUCCAGACCACAGGCUCAGCUAACAUUAAAGUUUGCCAGCUCCUUAAGCAGAAAAUACAUUUGGGUCUCAUUGUACCUUGACUGGGAAAGGCUAGGAGCCUCUGGCUAUCUCAGAUUUUUCAUCACAGGAGAGGGUCUGGGUGCAAGCCAGGCUGGCACCUUUACCCUUUAAAGGUGAGGCUGGUAUUUAUGUAAUCACUCUGAAGUUGAAUUUAAGUCUUUAUUCUGUUGAAACUUUUCUAUUGGCAACAGGGAGUUUAAGAAUUUGUGUAAAAACUUGUAUUUUUAACAGUUGUCAAUUCUGGCUCUUCCCAGUGUUAGUUUAUUAGUGGUUGAUUUGUGGUUUUUGUGAUUAUUGAAUUCUAAAACUCCAAGAUGAAAAUCAUUUUAUCUCUUGCUCUUUAAGGAGAAAAUCAUGAAAAUAAAGGAAGUAUCUUUUCAGUUUCUUCAGGCCUUAGAACUAUAGCAGAAAAUUUGACAGAUGCAGCCUAGGCCUGAGCACCUACAACUUCAGAUCUUUGGGCCAGUUUCUGAAUGUAGCAGUUGACUUUUGGGAUCAUAUAAGGUCAAGCCAAAAAAAGAUCAUAAAUAAAAGGCUGGACCUCUGUAGCACCUCAAUUUCCAAAGUCAAAAUACCUGGGGAUAUUUUAAGGUCCUACUGCUAACUAUAGCUUAAAAAUGUUUUUAGUGAAAUACUAAACAUUUUUCAAAUUGUAUAUUACUACAAUGUCAAAGUUUUGUCUUAAUUUUGGAGAGCCUGGGCAGUAAGGUCAUUUGGAUACUCUGGAAAUUACAUGUCAGAGUUGUUCGAAGUAGCCGAAGGGAACAGCCUGACUGACUCUUUGAUUAGUGCUGCUGCAAACACCAUGCAGAAACAGUAGGAGCCCAGGAAUAUACCUGCUGUGGUUGGGAGGGGCAGAUGUUCAUGGACAAGGGUCCCAGCAACACAGGUUAAUAAUGUGUCUUGGUUCAGGUGGUGUUGAGGAAUGGGGACAGGCAGAAGAGACCUGACAUUUGACUAAGAUUUGGAGAUAACCAUCUUUUGGGAAAGACUCUAUAUGCCCCAGCACCUUCCUUGGGGAUUAUGCAAACCUCAUCAGUUUGGGAGGUGAGUCAAGAGAACAGGGGGUUGACCCAGAUCUUGUAUGCAUCUGGAACCUUCAUCUCCUACCUCUGCUCAUGAUUCCCAAGUGAAUCGUUGCUCCCACAUUGCUCAUCAGGAUCCUUAGUUGCUCUGGUCCCCCUGCCCUGUGUAGCGCACAGAGCGCUUUCUGCAGCCACUGCUCUGCUGCUAUGCGAAGUUCAUCCACAGGCUUGGUCAGUCGCAACUUUGAAAGGUAUUUUUUCCCUUUGUUUUUAAUCUUCUGUCUUUAUUUGUCCCAUCUGGCAGCUGUAAUUGGUGACAAGGGACAGGGCAGUAGGAGGCUGACCAAAGGCAACACUUUUUUGCUUGCUACAUGACCUUCUGCUCACCCCGCUACUGCUGUCCCCAGUCUAGGUUUUUAUAGGAGUCACAUGAAUAGGACAGCUGAGUACACUGAUCUCCACUGGAUGUCAGCAAAGACUCUCCCCCUGGGUAGAAGAGAAAUCUGCAAAGGGGCAGGUGCACCACCUUUAUUCCAAAAGAAAAAGCCCCUUUAGAUUCUGAUGUUGCUAGGAGUCUCCUUUUUGAGACUACCUUCUGACUGGUUACCUUUUUAAAAUGAAGAAACAUUCUAGGCAGUUACUAUAAAAUAGUACGUUUUCACUCCAUAACUCAACAAUACUAGGUGAUAACCCUGACCUGUUGAUUGUGAACCUCAGGAAUGUUUAGUGCUUGAUGGAUGGUUUGGGUGUCCGGGAUUUAUUUUUUUUAAACUUUGAGACAUAUUUUACAUAUCAAAUUCACCCAUUUCAAGUGUUAAAUUCAGUGAUUUUAGUAACUUUCCUGAGUGGUGCAGCUAUAACUGUAACUCAGUUUUAGAACAUUUUCAUCCCCUGCAAUAAGGUCCUUCAUUUAUUACACGAUCAUUCCUGCUCCCAGCUCUAAGUGACACCAGUCUUUGUCUCUAUAAUUUGUCUUUUCUGGACAUGAGAUGAAUGGAAUCAUACAAAACAGGGUCCCUUGCCUCUGACUCUUUUCAUUUAGCAUAUUUUGUGGUUCAUCCAUGAUUAACUUGUUGGUAGUUUGUUCCUUUUUGUUGCUGCAUAGUAUUCCAAAGAAAUACACCACAUUUUGUCAGCAAGGAGUCUCUCAAACUUGGAUUUCAACGUCUCGUGGUCUGAACUCUCAGAACAUAGGACUGCAGGGGAAGCUGCUGUGCACGUCAGAGGAGCUGCUCAUCAGAACCGGCCUUGUCAUCAGAAGUUCCACAGUAGGAGCCUGAACUGCUGCAGAAAUUUUUAUAAUUUUGCAACUUCUUUUUUAUAAGGAACUUUUUUGCUGUCUACAUGUCAGGACUUUUGAAGCAUCUGGUAAUUAAUUUAUUCUAAAGUAUGAGCAUGUGUUUGGACAAGAAAUUGAACCAUCGAUAAUACUGUAUUGGAGAUUUUUUCCUCCCCAACUGGGGAGUCUCCUAACUUUCUAAAUACAGUAUCGUCUCCAUCACAAAGCGGAACCUCUAUUACAGAAUAUGCUGCUUUUGUUGGACACAUUUGGGGGGAAGGAGGACCGUGGGAGAGGAGGUGUGGAGCAGAAAUGCAGUGCAGCUUGUGAAACGAGAAGCCCCCAGAGGGUCCAUGCACAGCCCACCUUCUGUUGGUGCCGAUGCCAGCAGGCCUGGGUCUUGACUUUGGACCUUUAUCCCUGCUUCACAAGUGUUUUAAAGCUCUUUUUGCUCCCCUCCCCCCUGAAUAAACAUUACAUGGUAGUUAUUAAUACUUCUUUGGAAGGGGUAGGACUUUAAAAUUGAAAAAAUAAUUUUCAUAAAAAUAUAAAAAAUGGAAAAAAAUUACUUUAAAAAAUUGCUAUACAAACGAAAUGGCAGCUGUUGAAAAUCUCAAUAAAAAUGAGAAUAAAAUGUACUCACUGGCAGUGGGGCCCUUGUUCCUCUGGGUCACUAUGUCUUAUACAGGUAGUCUACGUGUGGUAUGUGUUCAUGAGAAAAUUUUCUGACUCAA